GUUUUCUUCCAAGCUAUGUACAAAUAUUACGAGAACAAGGGUUUUCACGCGAUCUUGGCGGCGGGGGCCACUAACCUGGUCUCCCUGGCCUUCACGGUCGCCCUCUCCACCUGGCUCUUCGCCUUCGUGGACUGGGGCCGCCUCACCUCCUGCCACGAUGAGGAGUCCUGCCUCCCUUUCUCCCACUACCUGCACGGGAGGGGCAUGUGGCGGUACGGCCUGGCCUGGGUCUACUGCCUCCUCUUCCUCCUCUACUGGUGCAUCUCCUGCUACUGGUUCCUCCUCACCCUCAAGGACGCGGUGGAGAUGCGGGCCGUUUACACAGAGCGGCUGGGCAUCCGCGACGAGGAGCUGGGCUCCCUCGAGUGGCACCAGGUGGUGGAGAGGUUCCUGGCCAGGCAUCGCUCGGGCGAGUACCGGGUAUCCAUCCACGGGGAAAUCACUGCCCAGGAUAUCGCCGCGCGGAUCAUGCGCCGG